UCUACGAUCCGUACUCCCGUAUAAAGGCCUGGUGGAGGCUAGGCGGGGACGUACGUUCGGACAUGUUUCUCCCUCUCCGCGCCAGCUAGCACCGCCGGAAUGUUGCGUUUGGACUUUGUCUCGCCGCCUUGCUCUGUGUUUUUAUGACAAAGUAGGUCUUAAUUCCACUACAAAUGACCGGGCCAAUGGCGGGUGCGACGACGGGAGGUGCCGGUAUUGUUCCUCGGUAUGAGGACGGCUCAAGCACGGGAGAGGCCCUCUUGUGGGAUUGUGAGGACGAGUGGAGUGGAGAGUUACCGGUUCGAUUCCCGAUUCUCGCGGUCACACGUCAGCAACUCGCCAUGGGCGACCAGCGGCGGGUUCCCUUUGAAGACCCGGCAACCGACUCCAGGCAGCAGGUUCACGGUCAAGACAUUUCAGGGGGAGAAUUCGAAGGAGCGGCGGCGAAAGGGGCCGUCUUACGGGUCGAGCCGCCUACCGCGGUGGAGCUAAGACACUCGUCGGUUACAGAAAGCAGUACCCCCCGACCAACUCGCCCUACGCCGCCCGGUGGCAAGCUGUUAUCACAAGCCGCAAGCGUGGACCUAACCAAAGAAGCGUCAACCUCGUCUCAGGAAGGAGAGAGACUCUUGAGUUUCCCCAAGCAGGACAUCACAAAGGAAGAGUCUUACGAGGAAGACCCGGACAGACUCAAUCUUAAGAGUAUCCUUAGAAUGCUAGAGAAGCCGAGCGACAUGGAAGGUUACGGUUACAAACACAGGUGGCACAUGGAUACGUCGUGUGACGUGUUUCGCGCCAGGCAGCCUUUUUCAGCCGUGCAAAUCGGUUUUAAGAAGACGAUGACAGGUAGAAACCAGGCCAGGGUUACCGUGGGGCCGUCGGGUUAUUUUCUCGGGCAGAGGCCGCGCACCAUGCCGAUGGAUUCUCUCCAGCGUACGGCGUUUCGCCCUCUGGAAGUCCUGCGUCCCGUGUCGGUCUCAAAGUCUUUCGACGACCGAGGCCGGCGGCCCUCCGCCCCUCCCCCUACCAGAGAUUCACACACACAAACUCAGCGGGGACACUUCAACUUCAGAAAUCUUGAACUUCAGAGCCCUUUAAGAGUUUCCCCGCUGCACGAACGUUCUCGUUCUUUUCAAGCCUCACCCAGGAAACUCAAACCGGUGGUGAAACCUUCCACGGCGAGGAGUUGGGACGGUUCGUACGAUCGGACGGUUUCACCGACGUACUGCACGGAUAUUCUUCGGGCCACCCCGCUAGCCAGCCCGAGAGACUCCGCUAAAGCCCUCGCUAUCCACAGCCUUUCUCGUAAAUCCAGGAGGAACGGACAGAAAGAGGAAGCAGACGUUUGGACGUCGCCUAGUCCUGUGGACAGGACAGACUUUAGCGACGGAAGUGACGCGAAACAGUCUGAAAUAUUGAGAGUACCGCAGCACGUAAUAGAGACCGAAGAGAAACACGUCAAGUUUAACAUGAGGAAGGGAAAGUUGACGAGGGAAGACACCUUUCUUUCCGACAUGGAGCCGAGAUACGUGGACUACACCUUGAGACAGCAGAACAAAAUGUCGCGGGAGAUGUCAAAACUCUUGAAGAAGUCGCACAAUCCGACCAGACCCCCCGCGAACACACCUGUUCCUGUCACACCUGAGUAUUAAGGAGUCUUGACUCGUGGAAAUGUCUUUAAUAGCCCAAGGUAUAGUACAACACACUGGU